AGUCAGAGAGAAGCCCCGCCCCCUCCGCUCAGACCGCGGACGCUCCGGGACCAGAACCGCACUUCUUUGAUCAGAGACCGGAGCAAUCAGCUGGAUCGAUCGGAGAUCGGCAGGUGAUCGACCAUCGGCUGAUCGAGGAUCGGUUGAUUGGGGGAAUGUCCCGGCUGCUGGAGAGCAGGAGGCAGGACAGGAUGAAGGAAAUCAACCUGAAGAAUAAGGAGAAGGAGCGCCUGAAGGAGAGGGAGAAGGAAGCGAGAGAGAGGGAGGCGCGCUCCAGUAAUGGCCACCUGUUUACCUCACUGACAGUGUCUUCCACCACCCUCUGCUCCUCCUGCAACAGGAGCAUCACGGCCAAAGAGGCGCUCAGCUGCCCAGCAUGUAAUGUCACCAUCCACAAUCGCUGCAGAGACAGUCUGGCGAGCUGUGCUAAGAUGAAGCAGAAGCAACAGAAGCUGGCGUUGGCGAGAAAUAGUUCAGCUCUGCAGAACGUCGCCAUGAGAAGCAAAACGCCGAUGAUGAAGGAGCGUCCGAGCUCAGCCAUCUAUCCUUCUGACAGCCUUCGUCAGUCGCUGCUCGGCUCCAGACGCGUUCGAUCUGGCCUCUCACUCGCCAAGAGUGUCUCCACCAAUAACAUCGCAGGUGUGACUGAGGACUCCGCAGGUCUCAAGAGAAUCCUGUCUCAGUCCACAGAGUCUCUGAACUUCAGGAGCAGGACUCUGUCCAUGGAGUCUCUCACUGAUGACGCUGAGUGGAGCCCUCUGCUGGACGAGCUGCAGAAGGAGGGCAGCUGCGUGCAGGCCGACAGCUGGAGCCUCGCCGUGGAGCCCAACUUCCUGCAAACACUUCACAAAGACCUGAUCAAGCAGCAGGAUGUCAUCUAUGAGCUGAUCCAGACCGAGUUUCACCACGUCCGCACGCUAAGGAUCAUGGAGGGCGUGUACCGGCGGGGGAUGCUGGAGGAGGUGAUGCUGGAGGCGGGGGUGGUCCACACCAUCUUCCCGUGUCUGGACCAACUGCUGGAGCUUCACUCCCACUUCCUGUCAGAGCUGUUGAACAGGAGGAAGGCGGGUCUGGUGGAGGGCAGCUCCACCAACUUCACGGUGCGCAAGCUGGGAGACCUGCUGGUCCAACAGUUCUCAGGGCAGACUGCUGAUGACUGGAAGAAAGUUUAUUCAGAGUUCUGCAGUCGACAUCCGAAAGCUGUGAAACUCUACAAGGAAGUUUUGGCUCGCGACCGGAGACUGCAGCAGUUCAUCAGGCGUGUGACUCGCGGUCCUCUGCUGCGGCGUCACGGCGUCCAGGAGUGCAUCCUGCUGGUGACGCAGCGGAUCACAAAGUAUCCCGUCCUCAUCCAGCGAAUCCUGGACAACACUAAAGGCUGCGAGGAGGAGGCUCAGACUCUGAGCCGCGCACUGGGCCUCCUGAAGGAGCUGAUCAGCUCUGUGGACAAAGAGGUACUGGAGCUGGACCGGAGCAGGAGGCUGCAGGAGAUCCACGCCCGCCUGGACCCACGGGCCCAGGCAGAGGUCCGGGGAGGAGGCGUGUUCAGAGGUGGAGAGCUGCUGAGGAGGAGGCUCCUGCACGAGGGGACUCUCCUAUGCAAGGUCCAGGGCUCUAGGAUGAAAGAUGUGCAGGUGCUGCUGAUGUCAGACAUCUUGGUUUUCCUCCAGGAGAAAGACCAGAAGUUCACCUUUGUUGCGUCACUGGACAAGUCUCCAGUGGUCUCAUUGACUAACCUGAUUGUCAGAGACAUAGCCAAUCAGGAGAGAGGGAUGUACCUGAUCAGUGACUCCACCCCCCCGGAGAUGUAUGAGCUGCACGCCUCAUCAAAAGAAGACAGGAAGACCUGGAUGAGCCGCAUCCAGCAGGCCGCCACCAGCUGUCCGUGCAGAGACGAGUUUCCUCUCAUUGAGACAGAAGACAAAGCGUUGCUGCGCAGACUCAGAGCUGACAUCCAGCAGAAGGACAGGGAGGUGCUGGAGCUCUUACAGGAGCGCGUCACUCUGUUUUCUGACCUGGUGGAGGCCUCUGGAAGAGGAACGGCAGAAGAAGAAGGAGACAUGGAGGUCAGGAUCUCCUCCUCCUGCAGGAACCUUUUUAGAGCUGACACUCCUCAGGCUCCUCAGGCCGAACCGCUCCUCCUCGCUGCCAUCGGUGAAGUCGACAGACUGACGGAGCUGCUGUCAGACGCCAGCAUCCAGAAAUCUUCCAUAACCAACGGCAACCAGGAGAUCAGCGAUGGUGACUCUGGUUCUCUGAACGGCUCCUUUGACUUGAACGACAAAUCCUCAAAGGACAGAAAUGGUAACCAGCUGCAGGAGCGAACCCUGAACGAGGACGUCCAUCAGCGGUUGAUCAGUCUGAGCACGCAGCUUCACGCCCUGCAGGCUGCUGUGAUUCGUCAGGACUCAAUGCUAGCGCUGUUGGUCAGUGCAGGCUCCACCCCCUCCACCACCCCUGGCUCUGCCCCUGGCCCCCACCUCAGCCGGUCACUGUCACGUGACACAGGGUUAGAAGCCAGCGGGGAGGCGGUUCUGCUACGGCGGCAGGUGGAGCUGCUACAGGAGGAAGUGACACGCCUCCGUCUGAGAGGGGAGGACCAAAACUGGGAGGGAGUGGAGCAAGGCACCAGGAGGAGGAGCAAAAAUGGAGAGAAGAGUGAUGUUAUGAAAGGAGAACAGGUUAACAAGAGGCGUGGCAGUCGGGAACUGGAGCUCCGCCCCCUCGCCCCACUAGCCACCGAGGAUCCAGUCGACCAGUUAGAUGGCGUCCAAGAAGGAAAUGAAGAGGAAGAUGAGGAAGUGAUGAAGAUCUCUCCUCGCUCUGACAGCCCCAGAGACCUGCAGGACAUCCCAGAGGAGAGCGAGAGUUAACACCCCACCUACAGCCGAUGACCUCAGGGACCUCUGCUGUUGUCACUGUGAUGUCACAGACACACAUCGGACUCUUAUUGUUAACGGCGCUGGAUAUAAUGCCAUUUCCUGUUUUACAGUUUUUAGACCAAAUUAGACUUUUGUUCUUGGAACAUUUUCUAAAACUUGCUAUUAUGCUUAAAACAGGAACCAUGUGGCCUGUUUGUGUUAUCAUGUCUGUUGGAAUGGGAGGAGCCAAAAGGGGAAGGGUGGGGUUAAAUUGGCAACUUAUUUUCUGCUUCAAACAAACUGGGUCAUGUGAUUAGAUCACUGGUUUGAUCUGCGCCCUUGAUGUUUUUUUGUUUAUUUGUUUCUUUGUUGUUUGUAAAUGGGACCAGAGCAUGCGUAUCUGGAGCUGGACCUGGAUCUGGAUCUGGUCUGAUCCGGAUAUUUUUCACAGUUUGUUUUAAGCAGACAGAUUUUUAUUUAUUCUUUGAAUCUGAGACACACCACACCACACUACAUUACCCAGAAUGCCUUUGGACCAGCAGCCAUCUCAUAUUUAAAGUUUUGGUUUUAGAGGUGUCUGAUUUACAGAAAUCAUUACCAGUAUGUAAGCAUUGAAAGGACUGGGAUUAUGGGGAGGGAUUGGAGGAGGUGUGGUCAGAUGUGGGUUUUGGGGGUCGGGACUCACGUAGUGCUGGAUUGUAGGUCAGGUGUGUUUUUAAGGAGAACAGAGCUCCUUCUAUUAGCAUGUUAGCAUGGCUGUGUCUCUUAUACUUGUGUAGGACAUUGGUUGAAUUGACCAAUCAGCUUGUUUCUUUUGAUGCAUGGAGGUGAUGAUGUCAGCUCCUCAUGUCGUCCGGUGAUGAUGAUGAUGAUGUUGAUGAUGAUGAUGAUGAUGAUGAUAGAACAGUGUUUCAUGUAGAAAAUUGUUAAUUUACGAAAAAGAACAACAGACGCCGCUGUGUACGGUGAUGAUGUAAUCAUGCGAUCAUAUCGGGGUGGACUACAGCAAGUUUAACAAGUCUGCGAUCAGUCAAAGAGGCCACGCCCCUAAUAAUGCAAACUCUAAUCCAGUUCAGAGAAGAGAGUGUUAGCUAUAGAUUCCAGUUUGUGAAUCAGGCUGUAAGCAUGUUUAUUUUAACGUGUAAGGGUUUUGGGACUGACUCGCUGCUGCCUCUGCUGGACAGUAGAGGAACUGCAGUUUGGCGCUGAUUAAGCAGAAAGUGUUAACGAAGAAUGCUGGUAUCCUCUGUCCUGAUCAUGUGUGAUUGAUCAUGUCUGAUCAGGUGUUUUAUGGACAGUAGUCCCACCUCCUGUGAGGUCACAUGAUGUUCUGUAGAGUUUGGAAACACAAAAAAAUAAAUAUGUAACAUCAGGACCUGAAUGAAGUUGUUGAAUAACUGAGCGUGUUCAGGUUUAACGCUGAGAAGUUUCUACAGUGUGAACCGCCACUGUUUUGUUUUGUUUUGUUUUUUAUCUGAAGCUUUGGGAUCCAAAACAUUUCUGACUGUUUACGCAAAAAAGCUCGCCAAGAUGCACAGCUCACAUCCAGAUGUGCCGCUGUAACAUUUCUUUUGAGUGUAUUUUAACUGUAGUAACAAUGGACUGAAGUAAUUGUAUUGAUCUCUGAUCAGUGUAAUUGAUUCCUGCUGUACUCUUUAUAAAUCUAAUCAGCUGCU